GGCCGUCCCACCUGUCUUUAAGAGCGGCUGUCCGCAGCAGCAUGGCCGCGCUCUCUGUUCCGUCGUCGCCUGUGGAUAAGUAGCUGCAGCGGCUACGGGAACUGUGUGUCCGGCUGUGACAUGGCCAGGACCGGCUUCUCUGACUCCAAGCCCCUGCUGGACUUACACAAGAAGGCGGAUGAGAGACGAGCCCCAUUAAGAACUUGGGCCAACGCCUGUGGGCCUAUAGAUCGCUGGCAGCCUGCUGAAGUAGAGGAGUCCAGGAUGGCUCCUGUUAAAAUGGAGCCAGAACGCAGAUGGGAGAGGAGCAUAUCGAUGCAAACCAGUGAAGGCCUCAUCAUGGAGUUCCACCAGGACAGUCGGACACACUCGGCUGAUGUGGAUGUGUGUGUGGAGGAGCAUGUGCUUCUCUACCCUCACGGCCUGCCGUCUCUGCACAGCCUACAGUCGUUGGUGCCCAGCUUUCUGCGCCAUGAGGUAGAGAUGGCUCUGGAGAAACUGGGCCUCAUAUGGGACAGAACCUACGCCUGGGACAUGUUCUUGGUCAUGAUGAGAAAUCAGACGUGGAACUCUUUCCCUAACGCUGACCUGCCUCGGCAUUUCACAGACGCCACUCGAGCAGUCCUGGUUGACUGGCUUAUUCAAGUUCACGAGAUAAUGCACUUCCAGGAAGAGACCCUCUAUCUGGCGAUACACCUCGUCAACUGCUCGCUGCGUCAGCUCAAGGUGACGACUGCUAAUCUGCAGCUCCUCGGCAUGGUCUGCCUCUUCCUUGCUGCAAAAAAAGAAGAGUGUCUGCUCCCUGAGGUGUCUGGACUCUGCUACGUGAUGGACCACACCUACACUAAACAUCAGCUGCUGCGUAUGGAGCGUAAAGUCCUCUGUGGGCUGAAGUUUGAUUUGUCCUACUGCCCUCCUCUGCAUUUUCUUCUCCUUCUUGCCUCCAUUGCACGCUGCAGCGCUAAGGUGGUGUGGAUGGCUCGUUACCUGCUGGAGCUCUCUCUUCUGGAGGGUCAGUGUGUGGUGUACCCACCUGCACAGCUGGCAGGAGCGGCCAUCUGCUUGUCCCGCCAAGUCUUGCAGGAGCCCCCAACGCCUGAGGGGGAGGCUGCCUGGUGCCUGGCCUCCAGUAUUUAUGUCGGCAGCGAGACUGUGCUGCUGAGGAUCAUGCACAUUCUAGCCAGUGCUGCAGCCAAUGCCCACGCCAGAGAGACCUGCGCAUCUUUUAUUAAAUUCUCUUCCCCAGAGAGCAUGUACGUCAGCAGACACCCAGGUCUAAAAAAUGCCUCUGCUCUGUUGUAUGCACUUGACAAACUUGAAUCACAGGAACCACAUUAUUUCUCCAAAGCUUCAAGGUAGAGAUACUGGACUGAUACAACUGGAGUUAAUAGACUCGUGUGAUCCAUGUCUCUGUAUCCUGAGGAAUAACUAUGGGAAUGGGUGAGGAAAAAGUGUAUAAUAAAUGUAUUCCACAAAGAAUUGCAUGCACGUGAAUUAGCCUGUCUAUUGCACACCUUUUUUAUGAUCUUAUCUUGCAGCUGAUAUAGAAAAUAUUUGAAUUGUACUGAUGUGUCCUUGUCAUUUGUGGAAAAGAUGUGAGUUGUCUGACAAGUCAUCUGAAGUUUUAAUGUAAAAAUAAAGUGUCUGCUGCAAAGUA